AUGAGUGCUUACCAAUUACCACUCCAACAGGGAGACACAAACCAGCCUUCAGUAAUCUUCCCAGAGAUUAGUGAUGCUAUUCCAAUGAAUAUGACAUUUUCACCUCAUAUUCCGGAAGAAAUACUCAGAACUCAGCAUUUAAGGUUGUCUGAAACCACACCAAAACAUGUGGAUAUUGACCUUGCCAGAACCCUAAAGCCCACUCCAGAAGUUUAUCCUUACCCCGGUCAGCAGGAAGGACCUGCCCAGCCUACAGUUCCCACCAAGCGAGUUGAAUUUUCUCCAACCCAGCUUGGGCCUCCUCUUGCCCAGCCUCCGGCACUGCCUGAAAAGAUGGAACCUUCUCCAGCUGAGUCUCCAGAGCCCCUCAAGAAUGCAAAACAUGCUCCAGUGCAAAAUGAAGCCCCAGCUGAGCCACAAGACUUCCCUAAUACUCAAUCAUCUGCAACCCAGCAGGAGCUUCAAACUCAGCAACCAAACCUGACCAAAGUCACAAUUCAACCUUUGGACAUGGAGCUCACCAUAACUACACAACCUGGAAUGGAAGGGGGACUUUCUCCAAUCAUGCAGGAGGCCCCAGUUCAGCUUCCAGGGCCAUCUAAGGAGGGUAUAGCUCAAGCCCCAGGAUAUCAGGGGGUGGCAGUUACAACACCAGCUCAGGAUCAAGCUCAGUUUCCAAAAUCACCCCGCAUCACAUUUCAACCUUUUGAUCUGGCGCUUACAAUAACUCCACAGCCCAUUACAGAGGCUGAACUUGCCACAAAUGUGCAGGAGGCUCCACCUAAAGGAACUGUAGUUCAGCCACCAGUGCAUCAUGGGAUGACAGUUCCAACAUUAGGUCCGGAUCAAAAUCAACCUCCACUAUCACCCAGUGUCACAAAUCAACCUUUAGACCUGGCACUUACCAUUACUACAGAACCUACUACAGAGGCUGAGCAUCCUACAGAACUGAGCAAGACUACAGCUCCAUCUCCAAACCUGACUCCAGUCACAACUCAACAUUUGGACCUGGGACUUACCAUAACUCCAGAAACCAGUAGUAUGGUGACUGAACCCUCUACAGACAAGCAGGAGACCUCAAGUCAACCUCCCAAGGAGGGUGUAACCCAAUCUCCAACACAUCAAGAGGUGACAGUUCCAACACUGGGUCAUAAUCAAGCUCAAUUUCCAACAUUGCCUACUAAUAUCACAGUUCAGCCUUUGGACACAACGCUUACCAUAAAUGCAAAGCAUACCAGGAAGGCUGAACAUUCUACAGCCCUGAAGAGGACUAAAGUACCUCCCGUGCACCAUGAGGAGGUACUUUCACAACCAGACCAGGUUCAGGUGCAGCAUCCAACCCUGACAGAAGUCACAGUUCAACCUUUUGAUGUAGAACUUACCCUAACUCCAGAAUCCAUUGUGGAGGGUGAACCACUUCCAACCACCCAGGAGACUUCAGGGCAGCCUCCAGGGCCACAAAAUGAAGUGGUCUAUCAGCCUCCAGUUUAUUAUGAGAUGGUAGUUCCAAAACCAAGUCAAGAUCAAAUUCCGCAUCCAAUGUCACCCAGUGCCACAGCUGAACCUUCAAAGCUAGAGCCAACCAUAACUCAGGUACCCACUACACAGGAUGGACAUUCUACAGCCUUGAAGCCUAUAUCUCCUCCUCCUUAUCCAAUGUACCCUGAGGUGACAUUUUCACCUCCAGUCCAGAUUCAGACUCAGCAUACAAACCUGCCUCAAGUCACAGUUAAGCCUCGGGACCUGGAAAUUACCCAAACUCCACAACGUACUACAGAGGUUAAACCUUCUACUACCACGCAAAUGACCCUAACUCCUUCUACAGAGCCACUAAAGGAGCUCAUGGAGCUUACCAGAACUCUGAUACCCACUACAAAAGCUGGCCACUCUCCAUCCCUGAAGAAGACUACAGAUCUACAUCCAAGCCAGGUUCAGACUCAGCACUCAACCCUAACUGAAGUCACAGAUCAGCCCCUGAAUGCGGCUGCCACCGUAAAUGUAUGUGAGCUCUGUUCCUGCAGAAAUGAGACACUUUCAUGCACUGGCCUCAGCCCAGUGCAGAAGCUUCACAAAGUUCCUGUACCAGAGCCUAACAGCUACAACGGCACCUUCAGCAUAUUAAAUUUCCAAGGAAACUCAAUUUAUUUCAUUGAUGAAAAUGUAUGGAAAGCAUACCGUUGGGCUGAGACACUAAUCCUCAGUGAAAAUAACUUGACUGAAUUACAUAAGGACUCAUUUGAAGGCCUGCUAUCGCUCCAACACUUAGAUUUAUCCUGCAAUAAAAUAGAGUUUAUCGAAAGACGUGCAUUUGAGUCACUCCCUUUUCUGCAGUCUGUAAAUCUUGGUUGCAAUUUACUGACAGAACUGAGCUUUGGGACAUUUCAGGCGUGGCAUGGAAUGCAGUUUUUGCACAGUGUAAAUCUCAAUCGUAAUCCUCUGACAAAUGUUGAAGACUCAUAUCUUUUUAAACUGCCAGCAUUAAAAUAUCUAGGCUUGGGAGCAACACAAGUAUCACUUACCACAGUUGAGAACAUCCUCAUGAUGACUCUUCAAUUGGAAAAACUGAUCUUACCUAGCCAUAUGGCCUGCUGCCUCUGCCAAUUUAAACAUACUAUCGAGGUUGUCUGCAAGACCAUCAAGCUUCAUUGUGACAAUGAAUGCCUGGCAAAUACCACACAUUGCCUUGAAGAAGCAUCCAUAGGGAACCCAAAGGGGGCAUUCAUGAAGACAUUGCAAGCCCGGAAGAACAACACCAGCAAGGAGCUGACUAUUGAGCCAGAGAACCCAGUAUCAGAGAGAAACAGCAUGGACUUCCCAGGUCGCAUGAGUGAACAGCCGGCCCCGUCACAGGAGAACAGCCUGGCAACCACGCCAAGUGUGGGGUACAGGCUGCAGAGAGUGAACAAAGUCAUCAAGGGGCCAAAGGGCUUACGGAAAAGGCACCACCAGGAGAUGAGGAAGAAGAGACUCGGGAGGAGACAGGGCACCUGGCCCUUUGCAGAGAGCAUCGGGGGAAGAAGGCUUGGGAGAGCAGGCUCCAGGGAGCUGAAGGAGCUUCAAGUGGCUCAGAGGCCCAGGCAGUUGGUAGGAAACUCCUUGCACACGGAGCCCUUGCUCACAAAGGAACAUGGGGCUGCAGCCUCCUCUUUCCUGAAGAAACACAUCCUGGGCAGGUCUUUUACAGAUUCUGCUGGGACCGAGUUCAACCUAAUGCCGACUGUGGACCAAACCAAGGAAACACAGUGGGAAUACCCCAGCGAGGGCACUGAAGCCCCCACCAUGCCCGCAGGCUUCACCUACCCCGUGAUGCUGUCCCAGGGGGAACAGUUGGAAAUUCAGCUGAAUCAGCAGCUACAGCCCCUCAUCCCCAACACUGACGUGAGAAGGCUCAUUUCUCACGUCAUCCGCACUCUGAAAAUGGACUGCUCUGAGGCCCAGGUGCAACUGCACUGUGCCAAGCUCAUCUCCAAAACAGGCAUCCUGAUGAAGCUCCUCAGUGAGCAGCAGGAAGAAAAGAUAGCCAAGGAAGAAUGGGAUACAGAGCAGUGGAGGACUGAGACCUAUAUCAAUGAGAGUACAGAAGCCCCGAGUGGACAGAAAGAGCAGGAGUCGAGUAAGCUCGCAAAAGGAGCUCAAGAUCACGGCUGUCACAACAAGCUCAUCAUGGCAAUACCUGUGAUGGCAGAGCUCACGAUGCUGGUUAUCAUCCUCUGUCUCAUUAAGAAUGAGGACGCUGCCAGAGGCAGAAGACUACCCAUCCGAAUGUUUUGCCUGAUUCCAGCAAAACUGGUCCUCAGCCACGGCUGGGGAGACGGGACCCACAUGGAGACAUGUGCUGUCAGGGGUCCUUCCGAGACACAGCAGCUAGGGAGGGGCUUUGGCUGUGCUGUUCCUGCUGCUGGUGGGCAUCUGGCCAGUCCAGAGGCCUUCCCAGAGGCUCAGAGAAGGGCUAUGGAAAGUCACAUCACACUGGGGGAAGGGGGACAGUCACCCUCAAGGCUGCUGGAGAGUAAAACAUAUGAGGUGGCUGGAAAACUUACCUUGUCAACUUACUGUUUCCAGACCCCCGCUGCCUAUGCCUUUUAUUCACACCUUCUCAGACCUUUUGUCUCUCCCUGUUAUGGGCUUUUUCCGGCUGAGGUGGCCACUCUGGCUGAGGCGUCUGCUCAGUCCUUUCGGUGGCACACGCAAGAAAGCCGAGGACUUGCCCCUGUACAAGGAGCCUUCCGUAAAGGAAGAGCUUUUCGACAAGGGAGCUCAGCGAGGGCCCCGCUGAGAAGACACCCCCUCCAGAGUCCUCGGCAGAAGGUGAAGAGAGCGAAGCUCCCGAGGAAAACACGGAGUGACCAUCCCGCCUCUGUCACCUGGAGCCCCCAUGCAGCCCCAGCCCUAAGUCCAACAGCUGGUUUUAUGAACAGUCUGAUGGGACUCAGACCUCUGUGGAGAUUUGAGGGCCACCUUCCUUCCCGGAGCACAGGACCCCAGGCCAAGAAUAGCUUCAGGGAGUUAGAAUGUGCAUGUCCUAGCAUCCAUCAGCAACUGAUGUUCUCCAGCACUGCAUCUCUUCACAGGUUUCUGCAGGACUCUGACCUGGCUGGGGGGGUCCUCUUCUCGCCCCUCCUCCCCGCCGUGCAGGUCCUCAAGCUGGUGCUGCUGUUCUACCUGAAGAAGACCAGCCUGCUGGCCAACUGCCAGGCCCCCGGCAGACCCUGGCUGGCGUCGCGCAUGCGCACCGUCUUCUGCUUGCUGCUCUGCUUCCCGUCUUUCCUGGGAGCCGCUGUCUUCUUCUGCUACGCCGUCUGGCAGGUGAAGGCUUCGGGCGCGUGCGGCCCGUUCCGGACCCUGGGCGCCGUGUAUGAGGCGGGCACGGCGUGGGUGCGCCGCCUGGAGCUGGCGGGCCCCAGCGCGUCAUGGCUGCCCUGGGCGCACCGCUACCUGGUGGAGAACACCUUCUCCCUCUUCCUGGCGUCGGCGCUGCUGCUGGCUGUCAUCUACCUCAACAUCCAGGUGGUGAAGGGCCAGCGAGAGGUCAUCUGCCUGCUCAAGGAGCAGAUCCGCAACGAGGGGGAAGACAAAGUCUUCUUGAUUAACAGGCUCCACUCCGUCUAUGAGAGCCAGGAGCGCAGGGCUGCUGGAGCCGAGGAGCCUGCGACACCCCCGGCCCUGCUCACAGAUGGACGGGACGCUGCCUGCUGGGACAGCUAG